CCGGGAGGGGGCAGGGAGCCGGCGGGCCGGGUCCAAUGGGUGCAGGCUCCCGAGGAGAGGGCGGAGGGGAAGAGGAAGGAGGCCGACGCUGGGCCCCGUCCCCAUUCAUUGCCGCGGCCGGCCGGGCGGGGGUCCGGCUUUUCCCGAGCCAUGGAGGCCCUGAUUCCUGUCAUCAACAAGCUCCAGGAUGUCUUCAACACGGUGGGCGCCGACAUCAUCCAGCUGCCUCAGAUCGUCGUGGUGGGGACGCAGAGCAGUGGGAAGAGCUCGGUGCUGGAGAGCCUGGUCGGGAGGGACCUGCUGCCCAGAGGCACCGGCAUCGUCACCCGAAGGCCCCUCAUCCUGCAGCUGGUCCACGUCUCUCCGGAAGACAAACGGAAAACAUCUGGAGAAGAAAACGGUGUAGAAGCAGAAGAAUGGGGUAAAUUCCUUCACACCAAAAAUAAGCUUUAUACAGAUUUUGAUGAAAUUCGACAAGAAAUUGAAAAUGAAACAGAGAGAAUUUCAGGAAAUAAUAAGGGAGUAAGCCCUGAACCAAUUCAUCUUAAGAUUUUUUCACCCAAUGUUGUCAACUUGACACUUGUGGAUUUGCCAGGAAUGACCAAGGUGCCUGUAGGUGAUCAACCCAAGGACAUUGAGCUUCAAAUCCGAGAGCUCAUUCUUCGUUUCAUCAGCAACCCAAAUUCCAUUAUCCUUGCCGUCACUGCUGCUAAUACAGAUAUGGCAACUUCAGAGGCCCUCAAAAUUUCAAGAGAGGUAGAUCCAGAUGGUCGCAGAACCCUUGCUGUGAUCACAAAGCUCGACCUCAUGGAUGCGGGCACUGAUGCCAUGGACGUGUUGAUGGGAAGGGUUAUUCCAGUCAAACUUGGAAUAAUUGGAGUAGUUAACAGGAGCCAGCUAGACAUUAAUAAUAAGAAGAGUGUAACUGAUUCAAUCCGUGAUGAAUAUGCUUUUCUUCAAAAGAAAUACCCGUCUCUGGCCAACAGAAAUGGGACAAAGUAUCUUGCUAGAACUCUGAACAGGUUACUGAUGCAUCACAUCAGAGAUUGCUUACCAGAGCUGAAAACAAGAAUCAAUGUUCUGGCUGCUCAGUACCAGUCUCUUCUGAACAGUUAUGGGGAGCCUGUCGAUGACAAAAGUGCCACUUUACUACAGCUUAUUACCAAAUUUGCCACAGAAUAUUGUAACACGAUUGAAGGAACAGCAAAAUAUAUUGAAACUUCAGAGCUAUGUGGAGGUGCUAGGAUUUGUUAUAUUUUCCAUGAGACUUUUGGGCGAACCUUAGAAUCUGUUGACCCACUGGGUGGCCUUAACACUAUUGACAUUCUGACUGCCAUUAGAAAUGCUACUGGUCCCCGUCCCGCUUUGUUUGUGCCUGAAGUUUCCUUUGAGUUACUGGUCAAGCGGCAGAUCAAACGUCUAGAAGAGCCCAGCCUGCGCUGCGUGGAGCUGGUUCACGAGGAGAUGCAGAGGAUCAUCCAGCACUGCAGCAACUACAGCACACAGGAAUUGUUACGGUUCCCUAAACUUCAUGAUGCCAUAGUUGAAGUAGUGACUUGCCUUCUGCGUAAAAGGCUGCCUGUCACAAAUGAAAUGGUCCAUAACUUAGUGGCGAUUGAGUUGGCUUACAUCAACACAAAACAUCCAGACUUUGCUGAUGCUUGUGGGCUAAUGAACAAUAAUAUAGAGGAACAAAGGAGAAAUAGACUAGCAAGAGAAUUACCUUCAGCUGUAUCACGAGACAAGUCUUCUAAAGUUCCCAGUGCUUUGGCACCUGCCUCCCAGGAGCCCUCGCCUGCUGCUUCUGCUGAGGCCGAUGGCAAGUUAAUUCAGGACAGCAGAAGAGAAACUAAAAAUGUCACAGCUGGAGCUGGUGGAGUUGGAGACAGUGCCCAAGAACCAACAACAGGCAGCUGGAGGGGAAUGCUGAAAACCUCCAAAGCUGAAGAACUGUUAGCUGAAGAAAAAUCCAAACCGAUUCCCAUCCUGCCGGCCAGUCCCCAGAAGGGCCACGCCGUGAACCUGCUGGAUGUGCCGGUUCCUGUUGCACGAAAACUUUCUGCGCGUGAGCAGCGAGACUGUGAGGUUAUUGAACGACUAAUCAAGUCCUACUUUCUUAUUGUCAGAAAGAAUAUUCAAGACAGUGUGCCAAAGGCAGUAAUGCAUUUUCUAGUUAAUCAUGUGAAAGACACUCUUCAGAGCGAGCUAGUGGGACAACUGUACAAAUCCUCCUUACUGGAUGACCUGCUGACGGAGUCGGAGGACAUGGCGCAGCGCAGGAAAGAGGCCGCUGACAUGCUAAAGGCUUUACAGGGAGCCAGUCAAAUUAUUGCUGAAAUCCGAGAGACUCAUCUUUGGUGAAGAGGACUCAGAAUACUGAGACUGUUGAUGAAUCCUGCUGGUUACUGCCUCCUGGAGUAGAAGUUUAUUUAUGAACUGUGUGUUUGCAGUGGUACGAAUCUGCUCAUUGUGAAGACUGGCUAUAAAUGGAAACAUAUACCAUGUAUGCAGAACAAAUCACACAUUUAACCCAUAUAAUAAAUGGCUGUUUCUACAUUUUCCAGUAUGUAUAAAAUACAUCAAGUCCAUCCUGUGGCAGUUUCCUUUGAACUUAGAGAGAACUGUAAUGUCUAGCCUAGUGUCAGCUGUGCAGGCAGUCUGCCUGUGGAUCAGACAGCCUGUGUAAGCUGUUAGUAGUCUCAGGCUGCUGCCAUGGUCCUUCAAGGGGAGAGGCACCGAGGCCCCAUUUCAUAUGGCUGUGUUGCAUGUCCUCUGUAAUAGCUGGCUUUCCAAUGUGGGUGACAACCUCCUCCUUAGAAUCCCGCACUCUGUCUGUCCCUCCCCCGCUGAGUACAGUUGUAGUCCUGAGCUUCUCUACAGCCACUGAGACAUUAGUCAGAAAGCUGAAUGCAUGGGGGAGUGCACACUGUGUAGUCACGGGGCCCUUCCAGGUCAGGUCUGCUGCAUUAAAAAUUAAAAUCUUCAUAUGCAAUGUCCUGCUAAUAACGCUCAAUUAAUAAGACCUGGUAAUAAUGGCCAGUCCCUUCUUGUUAAAGGACCUCAUGAUGGCCAACCGAUAUUCCUUUUAGUCUGCAGCUAUAGCUGUGCAUCAAGAUAUACCAGGCUCCAUGAUCCACUCUGAGAUGGGCCCUCAGAGCAGAAAAUCCUGUUGAUUCUUAAUUUUGUUUACAGCUACUUCUGCUUCCUGUGAAAACACCUGUGAAGCCUUCUGGACACACCCUCCUGAAGGCUUACAGUUCACAGUGCACUGAGGAAGGGGCAGGUUAGAAUACAGACAUUUUAUGAAAAGACCCCAGGUGAUUUUUGGGAUAAAACACAUUGCAAAUUUUAAGAUAUGAAUAGAAAUCUUUAAGAUAUGUAGUUUCAUUUUUCUCCAACAGGUAACACAUUAAACAAAUAUAUAAUGCAGAUACUACCUAUCUGUAAAGGACUCUUGGCAGGCAAAAUAUGAUGUACUACCUUUAGUUCUAUGGUACCCAAGAUUCAUGGAAACAGCAGCCUCGGCAACUGAUUUCAAAUGUGUCUGGUAUGUGAUGGCACUAAUUUAAAUUGUUAACAGCACCAUCCUGAGAGCACCAAAACGUUUGCUGAGAUGCUUAAAAAUCACCAUGUCAUUCAACAUCCGUUCUGAAAUUAUAGCCAUCUAUGAGUUAUGUUUUUUAGACAGUAGAUCAGAUGACCGCCAAUCUAGCCUUGCAGAUUGGUAAGGGAAGACAUCUUCAACCAGAUUAUAACUGAAAGCGUCAGCUUUAAAGACAUGCCAUGGUAAUGCCCUUGCUAGCACUACACACUGUACAAAGAAAAACAGAGGCAAAAAACGAUGUAAAGGGAAUAAACCUUCCUGUGUGAAGUCCUGGGAUGUAGAGACGAUCUCUGACAUGACCUGUAUGUUCUUGCUGUGUAAAUAAAAUUGUUGGUAUGAAAUGA